AUGACCACCGAGAAAAAGCAGAAAGUUGACGACGACCUCAAAGUCUUUUUACGCUCAGAAAGAGCAAAGGUGCCAACUAAGGGUUCUGCAUUGGCGGCGGGUUACGAUCUUUACGCGGCUGAGGAAGCCGUGAUCACAGCUCAUGGCCAGGGUCUCGUGGCAACUGACAUCUCUAUUAUUGUGCCAGCUGGUACCUAUGGUAGAGUUGCUCCAAGGUCUGGCUUGGCGGUCAAGCACGGCAUUUCCACUGGUGCCGGUGUCAUUGAUGCUGACUAUAGGGGUGAAGUGAAAGUCGUUCUUUUCAAUCACUCCGAGAAGGACUUUGAGAUCAAAGCAGGUGACCGCAUAGCUCAAUUGGUUUUGGAGCGCAUUGUCAAUGCUGAGAUUUCUGUAAUUACUCAGGAAGAGUUGGAUAACACAGAUAGAGGAGAAGGAGGUUUUGGUUCUACCGGCAAGAACUGA